AUGUACGGUGGCGGACGUAACGAACAUGGCGGUCCUGGUGGACACGGUGGUGGGGGUGGUGGAUUUGGCGGCCCAGGCGGUGGUGGAGGGUUUGGCGGCCCAGGCGGUGGUGGAGGGUUUGGUGGACCCAGAGGCGGUCAACAAGGAUUUGGGGGCGGACACGGUGGAGGACAAGGCCAAGGCUUUGGCGGUCCUCAAGGCGGCGGUUUCGGUGGUGGCGGCGGGCAUCAUGGCGGAGGUGGAGGACAAGGCUUUGGCGGCAGCCCGGGCGGUGGGUUUGGAGGAGGUGGAGGCGGGCAGGGAGGCUUUGGUGGAGGCGGGCAGCAUCAUGGAGGCGGUCCGGGACAUCAUGGUGGGCAGCAAGGUGGGUAUGGUGGACCGCAGCAGGGCGGGUUCGGUGGGCAGCAGGGAGGAUUCGGAGGACCGGGAGGGCCGCCACCUGGGCAGGGCUAUGGUGGUCAGCAGGGGUAUGGCGGUCAGCAAGGGUAUGGACAGCAGCCACCGCCUCAAAAGCAUCACGGUCUGUUGAGCAGCUUGCUGCAUCAUAAGAAGUAG